AUGUGGCUAUCAUCGCUGACUGAAAGACCGGGCCUGUCAAGAGAGAGUACGAUCGAGAGCAUACUGGGGACGCGGAAGUCCAACGAUAUCUCCGUCUCUUCUCUUGGGGGCAACAGCUGCGACCUGUGGAUGCUGUGCAAGAACAAAGGCCAAAGCAUCGCUCGCAAUUUUUGCUGCAUCGGAGCGAUGGGACACACUUACGCUCUCGCCCACGGGGUGUCGAAUGGCUGCCGGGCCAACCGAGUCGUGUGCAUAGGUGGAGAUGGCUCCAUCAUGAUGCAUCUCGGCAACAAUACGAUUCUCUCCCCGUUGCUAGAUCAGACGGUCAUCCAUAUAGUGAUCUAUAACGGGAUGCAUAGUUCGACCGGCAACCAGCCGCUGAUGAUAGGACGAGGAGACCUUCUAGCCCUCGUUGAGGGACUACCAUACGAAAGGAAGUUAAUUGUCAAUACGGCUGACGGAGUUAAAAAGGCGCUUCGGUCCGUUCAUCGAAGCGCUCUAAUCCUUGUCCCCGUCAAUGACGAUACGCGCAAAUCAUUGCCUCGCCCGACUGAGACGCCGACAGAGCAGAAGCAUGCAUUCAUGGGUUCCUUUGGGUCGAAUAGCAAGCUAUAA